AUGCAAUUCUGCUAUGGUGCUCGUCGUGCUUCUCUCGGCAACGACUCGCAGACUAUUAGCUGGGCAGAGAGACACGCUCGCGUCAUUGAGUCAAGAACUUUUUGGUCAUGCUUUAACGUUAGCAGCAUGAUUGACCUAGGUAUUUUGGCCCAGCCUCUUCUGCCGUUUCAGGAACUGGAGCGAAUGGAUCUACUACACCCGCUCAAUAAUUUCGAGUUCGCCUUAAGUAUGGACUCGCCUACCCCAGUGCCUAGUAACGCAGCAAGUGGCCCAUCAUCUAUGGACCCAGGUACCGAAGUCCACUCGUGGAAUGUCAGUGACGGCUUCGAAAUUAUCUCGAGGGGCAUAGUUGUAUGGAGCCAGGCCAUGACAUUCAUACAAAACGAUGGGCGUCGAGCUCCUGGAAUGUGCCGUGCAGAAAACUGUCCAUGGUCACCCACAUCACUGUGGUCUUCAAUAUCCGAUAAUCUAGAAAGCUGGAGAGCUCGCCAACACCCAGCUCUUCACUAUCCAGCUCAGUCCGUAGCCGCACAUUCUGCCGUGGGAAAUGGGGAAACGUUUUUGUUUGUCAACAUCAUAUACUACCUAAGAAGCCUAAAAAUGGUUAUACUGACUGUUCUUGAAAGCGUCAUUCUCCUACAUCGAGAGUACUUUCCUUUCCUUCCUGUGAACGAGUCCGAACCACGCGGGCCCAUCGAAUAUCAGCUGGAGGCUCAAGCACCCCCGGGCUGGUGGCAUUCCAGUGCAUGCCGUCUAUUCAACGCGACUUCCGCAGUGGCUCAUCUUCUUAAAGAGUCGUCGGAAUGUGGCGUUCUGCUCAAUUCGCCAUUCACCGGCUUCUGUGCUUUCAUAGGAGCCUACAUGAACCUUUAUGUGACGCAAUUCCCCCAAAUGAACUUGGGUCAAUCCACCAACUCGAAACUUGAAUUUGAGCUGUGUUACACAUAUUUAAAAGAGUUUCGAAAAACAUGGUUAUUGGGAGAAGGCUGGAGUGCAUCGCUUCUCUAUAACAGAUUCAAUGCGAAUGAUAGACGGUGGAUGACUAAAUCGAGCCAGGACUUUUCCACUCUUCAUCAAAGCAUUCACGAAUUCUUUGGCCACGAUAAGUCUCAACAGCAUUUGCAAGAAAUUAAUAGGGCUUCCGCCACACUCCUGGACGCUAUCGAUACAUGCCUGGUGGGCGUGGAUCAGGGUACGAUUGAUCAGCCUACAAUGUUCAACUCGCUGUUUUUUAAUCUUAGCGGCGAGUUUGACACGCAUCACUUCUGGCCAAGCUAG